AUGGGAGAUAAUGAAAGAUUGAAUCAAUUAAAGAAUAGACAAAAUGAUAUAUUGGAAAGAUUACAAGCGAUGGCUGACAAAGUUGCUGAUAUGUUGCCAAUACAAGAGAUAACUCCUAUUCAAAAGAGAAUAGAUGAUUAUGCAACAAACAUUUCAUUAAAACAUGAAAUGGCAAGAGUACCAAAGACAUAUUAUAGUUGGACAUUGGAAAAGAGAGCAGCAUAUUUAAAGGCACCAUCCAUUCACAAUCUAUGUAAAAGUAUUAUAGUAGAGAAUAUCAAUUGUGUCAAUCAAAAUACAGAUGAUCCUUUUAACAGUAGAUUCUAUUGUAUCAUCAUUCAAUAUACAACCAAAUUACAGAAUCAAAAGAUUCUAAAGUUUGUAAAAGGAUUGUCUACGGACAAUUCAUCCUUAUCAAAAGCAAACUAUCGAUUCACAAUGGCACAAUCAGAAGAUUCAAAUAGACUUACUGGAUUCGAAUACAAUGCUGUCUGUCCAAUUGGAACUGCCGUUCCCAUCCCAAUCAUCAUCUCUAACAAAAUACUUGAAUUACCAAAUCCAAUAGUUUGGUUAGGUGGAGGAGAAGUUGAUCUUAAAUUAGUUGUUGAUAUAAAUGAUUUUAAACAAUCAACUGAAUUAAAUACUGGAACUAAAGUAUUUGUUGCAGAUGUCGUUUAUGAUCAACAAUACAAUUCAAAUGAUGCAAAUGUUACCAAUAAUAAUAAUGAUGAAGAAUAA